ACUUCAAGAUGGCUGUUUACCGUUUCCUGUUGCCUCUAACUGUACUAAUUCUGGGCAUAUUGUCCGCCCAGGCUCAGAUCUUCGGGCGAGGGGAGUGCCGCCUGACGCCGAUUCCCGUUAAGGUGGGCGGCCAGGUGUGCGAGAGGGUCUGCUACCACAGGGGAUACCGCGGUCCGCCCAUCAUCUGCCGCCCGGUGACGCAGGCGGGCCUGGCAAGGGUUUGCGGGGGCGGGUGCUGUCGGAGCGGCUUUAGCUGUUUACAGUUAUUGUAUACCUAA